CCUGUUGGAAAUGAAAGUUAGGAGUUGGGGGUAGCCGUGCACGUAUUUAUUCUGCAGCAUGCCCGCACUGUCUGUUCUGUUAUCACAGCAAAGCAGCCGCAGCAGGAAAAACAGAGAGCAGAGCUUUGUUUUAGAGAGAGUCUGGGCUUAAUGUCUGUUGUGACAAAGACGGAGUUAAUUUACUUCUGGAGAAUGUGUGUGGCGGCAGUGGGAGGCCUGAGGAGGGGCUCUGAAGGCAGUCAGUCUCCCUCCCUGUUCUAGGUGGAUGGGUAGGCUUCCUCGGUAUCACUCUUAAGUUUUCUUUUCUUGUUACAACGCCUCCUUCGAGGGCAUAUUGGAGCUCAGAGACAACAGCCUAACUCUGCGGACGUCAUUCAGCUGGGCUGUAAAUUCCACACGUGCUUCAACUAAGCCUAUGAAAAACAAACCAGAACGGAACACCGCGGGCAUUAGGACCCAGUGGAAGCGGCUUGUCCUGACUUUGGGUUAACUUCUCUCAGUGACCUCCGUAACAGUAAGGAAAAAAUGCUGCUAUCAGUGACUUCCAGGCCUGGGAUUUCGACUUUUGGCUAUAACAAGAACAACAAGAAGCUAUAUGUGGCUCAGCAGAUGGCACCCCCGAGUCCAAGGAACAGCACUCCUAACAGUGGGGGUGGCGGCGGCGGAGGCGGGAAUGGCGGGAGCGACCAGCUGAGCAAAACCAACCUGUAUAUCCGAGGACUGCAGCCAGGCACCACUGACCAGGACCUUGUCAAGCUCUGCCAGCCGUAUGGCAAGAUUGUCUCCACUAAGGCCAUCUUGGACAAGACCACAAACAAGUGCAAAGGCUAUGGCUUUGUGGACUUUGACAGUCCAUCCUCAGCACAGAAGGCUGUAACUGCACUGAAGGCCAGCGGUGUGCAGGCACAAAUGGCAAAGCAACAGGAGCAAGACCCUACAAACCUAUACAUCUCCAACCUCCCUCUGUCAAUGGAUGAGCGAGAGCUGGAGGGGAUGCUGAAGCCCUUUGGCCAGGUCAUCUCCACCCGGAUCCUUCGAGACACCAGUGGGGCCAGCAGAGGGGUCGGCUUUGCAAGGAUGGAGUCCACAGAGAAGUGUGAAGCCAUCAUCACCCACUUUAAUGGAAAGUAUAUAAAGACGCCCCCUGGAGUAGCAGCUCCUUCUGACCCCUUGCUUUGCAAAUUUGCUGAUGGUGGGCCAAAGAAACGACAGAACCAAGGAAAAUUUGUGCAAAAUGGACGGGCCUGGCCAAGGAAUGGAGACAUGGGUGGUAUGGCCUUGACCUAUGACCCCACCACAGCUCUUCAGAAUGGGUUCUACGCAGCUCCUUACAGCAUCGCCCACAGCAGGAUGCUUGCCCAGUCUGCACUAGCCCCGUAUCUUCCAUCUCCCAUGUCUUCCUAUCAGAGAGUGACUCAGACAUCUCCUCUACAAGUACCUAACCCAUCUUGGAUGCAGCAGCAGUCGUACCUCAUGCAGCCCUCAGGCUCGGUUCUGACACCAGGGAUGGACCACCCCCUUUCUCUCCAGCCCGCCUCCAUGAUGGGACCUCUUACCCAGCAACUGGGUCACCUGUCACUCAACAGCCUGGGCACGUUCAUGCCAACAGCUGCUGCUAUGCAAGGAGCUUACAUCUCCCAGUACCCAGCUGUGCCUUCUUCCAGUGUUUCUGUUGAGGAGAACAAUGGUCAGCAGAAUCAACUGGCAGUGGAGCCCCCCUCAGACCAUGGGGUCUAUCCUUUCCAGUUCAGCAAGUAAUGAGAAAUGAACUCUUGGAGAUGCUCCCAGAAGGAAGGUUUAGCAAGUUACAAGCCUAGCUGCAGACUGUGCGGAGCACUAACACUGGCUGUCAUCCCCGCACAGGUCCAUGGGGGAAGAAGCCCACGCACUCCUCCGCCGGCCAUUUUCCCCACUGCUGAUGGAACCUGAGGAAUCACGUUGUUUUCGAAUGUGCUACAUUCAAGAUCAAAAAGACUUUUUUCUUUUGCAAAAGAAGUUUCUUGCUUUGUAUAUAAUUGCAGCGAAUCUUUCUCUUACCCCAGAGACACCAGUUGAGCUGCUUCUCGUCUUCAAGAGGUUUGGGUUGGAAUUGCUUAGAAAGGCUUUUAAAAUGAACAAGCAGAGUGCUGAAAAGUCAGGGAAGGAGCCCUGCUCACCAAGUUCAGUUCUGGGACUAUUUUCAAUUUGUCUUUUAAAUAUGCAGGCUUAAAUUUUUUGUUUUGCAAAGCUCUCAGCACACACUUUGUACACACACACACACACACACACACACACUUUUAGGCAGGGUCUCAUUAGUGCAGUCCUGGAUGACUGACAACGUAGACCAUGCUGGCUUUGAACUCACAGAGAUCCUCCCCACUCUGUGUGCACCACCCUACCUAGUAAUUUUUUUUUAAACUUCUCCACAUUUAUUUCUCUUGUCCAUUUAGCUGAGCCUGCCUACUUUGCCUUUUUACAAUUUUUGAUUUUAUGAAUUUGAUUUCAUGUGGAAUUGGGGGAAGGGAGAACAACGCAUAGGUAAAGAAGUGUGGACAGUGGAGAUGGCUUCCCCUCUGCUCUCCUGUCCUAGCAAAGAUUAGACUUUUACUUCAGGAAGCAGACUUGUGAUAACUGUGCAGCCUUUGGAAGCCACUUUCAACCAAAUCUGGUGGCGAGUGCCACUGAGAAGUGUCACCCAGCUUCAGCAUUCUGGGACACCUGUUCUGCCUCCUGCAGGGUCUUCAUCCUACCCCAGGUCUCAGCCCCCGCCCCUGCUGAGGAAGUUCUGCCCUCCAUCUGUCCUACUGUCCUGUCCAUCAUCCUUGAUUGCCAAGCCUGAGGAAUAUCAUGUGUGCUUGGCAACUAUUUGUUGCAGACUAAGGAUGCUCCACCUGACAGUAGACCCCAACCCCACUCCUCCAUCCCUUACCCCCUGGCAGUUAUCUGGUGCAGACUAAACCCCAGCUCAGCCCUCAACAUGGAGCCUGUUCACGUAACUGGCCAGCAGUGGCAUCACUGACUCUGCUUCCUGGAGAACCUUUUCUGCCUGGGUUCUCAGGGCCUCUCAUCCCAGCUGCACAUGGCUGUGCUCAGUGGUACUUAGCUGAAUCACUUAAUUCAGCAGGAGCCAUCUUAGCAGGGCUCAUCCUUGUUGUACGUACAUGCCAAGUGCACACAGUUUGAAGGUAUGAAAGCAAGAACUGUUGUGUGUACUGUGCAUGCUUGAGAAUGGACUGAGCUCUCUGCAGAGUGCCCAGCCCAGCCCUGGUGUGUUUGGACCCCUUCCCCGGGAACCAGAACAUCAGGAAUCAUUUCCCUUCUUGUGGACGGACAACAGGGUGCUAGGAUAGAAAAAGGCAAGACUCACCGCUCCCUGGCCCACAAAGGUCAGGAGGGACUUUUAAACAUGCCUGUCCUUAACUGUUGCCUUCUGCGAUGUGACUUGUUCGACCACAUCCCUUCACAGGCACACCUCCAGUAGACGAAGUAAGGGAGAUGGGGAGGUGUGUCUGGAGGCCAGUGUGAAGGGGAAGGGCAGACAAAAGUGUGGUGGCAGUGAACAAGAGGCUCGGCAGCUGCGCGUGCUACAGAAUUGGGAAUCUGCUGCUGUGCAUUCCAGAGGAAGGGGCUGAGGACAGUAGAGAGCAUAAAGUACAAAAUGACCGGUUUUCUCAUUGGUGCUCAACCUCAGGAAGGUCAUACCCAGUUAGCGAUCUCUAGCCCUAGGUGACAGACCAGCAAACCCAGAGCUCUGUCCUGCGGACUAGGGAAGCCCUGUCUAUAAAGACUUCUUUCUUUCUUUCUUUUUUUUUUUCCUUUUUUGGUUUUUCUGAGACAGGGUUUCUCUGUGUAGUCCUGGCUGUCCUGGAACUCACUCUGUAGACCAGGCUGGCCUCGAACUCAGAAAUCCGCCUGCCUCUGCCUCUCAGAGUGCUGGGAUUACAGGCGUGCGCCACCACUGCCCGGCAAAGACUUGUUUCUUUUUCUGUAUGUAGUUCUAAAGCAUUUUGAAUGGCUGACAGUUUUAAAAUUUGAAAUUACCUUUUGAGUGUACUGGUUAGAUUCUAGUGUUUCUGGUUGAGCAGGUAUGAGCAUGGGAACCAAGGGCAACCUGUAAUUUUGUUUUUAUAGUGGUUAAUGGCAGUGUGUAAUUUCUGCUUGAUUUCCAUCCACUCUGUUUUCCUCAUUAGCUCAUUACUUAGGAAGGUAGUGACUGGAGACGGGAAGUAGGAUGCAGGGGUGAGCUGUAAGCCACCUCUCUAUCCGGACCCUGUUGGCAUGGCGGCCAGAUCGCUCUGCACUGCCAUUAGAGAGCGCACUAGAGCCACAGCUGGCCUCUCACUGACAUCUCUCAGGCUUGUUGGUUCAGACUACAGAUGGACUGGACUUUCAGACAGGUCCUGAUAUUACUUAGGGAUAUAUGGGAACAAUGAUGGGGACCAAGCUUGUGAGGAACUCCAUGAUGAAAGUGGGCUUUAUUUGCUCUGAGGGCUUUAGUUUGUAGUUUUUGUUCCCAUCCUUCCCAGUCAAGUGAUGCCAAGAGCAAUACAGUUGAGUAGGUGGCAGGCCCAAAUUCUCCUAGCGUUUUCUAGACCUGAAUUCAGAGGAUAAGGUGAGUCUAGACGUCUAUACAAUCUGUGCUUGUUAGACCGAUUCUUCCCAAUGCCAAGCAAGCCAACCACUCUACAAGUGCCUUGGAGCACCAGGAGAUCCCAGUAGUAGAUUCAGGGUCUGCAGGAGACCCUGCUGAACCUCCCUGGAGGUGGUCUCCAAGUGGCGGUGAUGCGAGAGCUCUGCUCUGAUUGUUCAAAAUAAGCAUUUCUUGUCUGAGCAAAUCCCCAAACUUCCUCAUCCUCAUUACUCAACUACCUCAGUCUCACAACUCAAGGCACACAAGCACCUACUCGCCUUCGUCUUCCUGCACUCUCCCUGUGUAACAAGCUAGGCCCUAGAGUAAGAACUGAGUGGUGCUGUGCAGUCUGAGAGGGAUGGAGUGGACGUCUCUGCUCCUGCCCCUCUGGGUGGGUCGGGUAAUGACUUCUAGAUGCACUCGUUACCCUGGAGAGAAGUUAAUUUAUACUUAAGAUGCAUUUUGUACAUUUCCCCUUUACCCAGAAACCUGUAGUUUUAUACUCUCCCAUGUAUGUCUGCACCAACACUACCUCUCGCUCACUCUCCGUGGCUGACUUCUGGUCCCAUUUCCUUCCUGUGACUUGGAAGAGCUUUCUUUGCUAACAUGAACCUCUUUUUUAAAUAAAACACAAAAGUCUCCUGUC